CACACACACUCACUCCCGCUCUCAUCUCCAGGCUCCAGCCGCGCUAAGCUCAGCUGUGCUGAGUGAGGUGCCGAGCUGAGUAGCUGGCUGUACCCGCCGCCGCCAUUACCACGCAGCACCGUACCAGAGCAGCAGGUCAGCAGGCCUCACGCGGCGCUGUCCCGGCCCCGUCGAGGCAAAGGCACUGGCCGUCCGCCCGUUCCCUCGCCCCGUGCCGCCGCCGCCGCCUCCUCCUCCUCCUCCUCCAGUCCUCCUCCGUGCGCCCAGCGCCCGCCCAGGUUUUCUUCUGGUUGCUGUCACUUUGUUACAAUGUAUCAUGCCCUACUCGAAAGGAGGACCACAUUUUCAUGUCAACAUUAACAUACUAUCAUUCAUUAUUGCUGGGUAGUUGGAACGGAGAAGUGCAUGUUCAAGAUGACGGAUAUGAGGCGUCACUCCGUGGAUGUUCCACUCUCAAGAACCUUAGUUCAGCUCAAGCGAGUGAGAUCGCUGAGGGACCCGGCAACAAAUUCUUUGAGCAAGUAUGCAUCUCCUUCUGAUCACAUGAUCUGGGAGACUGCUUCUAGCAAUGGGAUGACUCUGGAUUUUGGCAGGUCAGUACAUCAUCAGUUGGUUGAAGAAGAUGAAGAUCUGGGAGCGGAGGCUACAAUGGGGUCAGAGCGGAGUUUUCGGGCACCAAAUGCAAGGACUGCAUCGUAUAGGAAAUCUUCUGCUGUCAAGAUCAGAGGCUUGAACCCACCAAGAAACAAGCAGGUUCAUCGUGUCCGCCAAGAUGGUCACCGCAAGUCAUUGGAUUCAAACCACUCCAAUCAUAGUUCUAUUCGACAAUUGGCAAAUAAUAUGGUCAACAACUUGGGUGCAGAGAAGGAAGAGGAGGAAGUGAAUUCUUAUGAAAGACCAAAUUUUGCACUGACAGAUAAGGAUGAAGAAGAAGUGAAAAUGCCAGGCUACAAAUUCUGGAGCAAGUCUUCUGCUGCGAUGAGCCGUGUUGGCAGCCCUUGUAUGUCGGCCAGUGAGGCACGCUCUGUUGCGUCAAGAAGAAGCACUUUAGGGCAUGGAACUGAGGAUACACGACUGAGGUCGAAUGAUGUUGUUGGAUCAAAUUUUAGUGGCUGUGGCAUAAGCUACUGCUGGUCAGGAGCGUCAAAAUACCGAGAACUUUAUUCCGAUAGUGAUGGUCCAGAGCAACCUCUCUUAUCUACUGAUGGGACUGAGGCAGCAUUCCAAGGUAAUGUACCAUACACUGAGACACCGAGAUGUUUAAGUCAGAAAUUUCGCCCUCGGUCCUUCAGUGAACUGAUUGGCCUAAAUGUUGUUGCUCAGUCCCUCUUAUAUUCCUCUUGCAAAGGAAAAGUUGCUCCAAUGUACUUGUUUCAUGGUCCCCGGGGUACAGGCAAGACAUCCACAGCGAGGAUUUUUGCUGCUGCUCUAAAUUGUGUCUCUCUUGAAGAGCAAAGGCCAUGUGGGUUCUGUAAAGAGUGUGUCAUUCUUUUCUCUGGGAAGAGUAGAGACGUGAAAGAACUUGAUGCAGCAAAAAUGGAUCGUUUAGGUCGAGUAAAGGCACUUCUCAAGAGUGCAUCUCUUGUCCCAUACUCUUCACGCUUCAAGGUUUUCAUAAUAGAUGAAUGCCAUCUCUUGCAAGAAGAUGCAUGGUCAGCAAUACUAAAGAGUCUUGAUGAGCCAUACCGGCAUACAGUAUACAUUAUGAUUACUUCUGACAUAGAAAGUCUGCCUCGCACUUCCAUCACACAUUGCCAGAAGUUCCAUUUUCCAAAGAUAAAGGUUGCAGAUAUUGUCUAUAGGUUGGAGAGAAUCUGUAUAGAAGAAGGACUAGAAUUUGACCAUGAUGGGUUGUACUUCAUUGCUGCAAAGUCUAAUGGUUCUCUUAGAGAUUCAGAAAUAAUGCUUGACCAACUCAGUUUGCUUGGGAAGAAGAUCACAAUUUCUCUUGUGCAUGAACUUGUAGGAUCAGUGUCUGAUGACGAGUUGAUUGAACUGCUUGAUCUGGCAUUGUCAUCCGACACCACCAAUACUGUAAGACGAGCUAGAGAACUUAUGGGAUCAUCAAUUGAUCCUCUGCAGCUUGUCUCUCAGUUGGCCAACCUUAUUAUGGACAUUCUCUCAGGGAGAUGUCAAUCUGCAGUCAGUGAAGUCAGCAAAAGUUUCUUGGGUAGAUAUGCAUUGUCUGAGGUUGGAAUAAAGAAAUUAAGACAUGCAUUGAAGAUACUAUCGGAAACUGAAAAGCAGUUGAGGACAUCAAGGAAUCAGGCUACUUGGGUUACAGUUGCGCUUUUGCAGUUUGGCUCCACUGAACCUAACCUUGUUGCUGAACCGAAUGAUAUGCAUGCUCAGUCAGUAACUGGAUAUACAGAUGACUGGGUUUCCAAGGUGCACUCAAGCUCCAAUUUUUGUCAGGCAUGUAACAGCAACAAGUCCAACUGUUCUGAGAGACACUGUAGGCGGCUUAAGCUUGAGAACAUAUGGAGGAGAGCCAUUGGAAAGUGUCGAUCAAGGUCAGCCAAAAGUUUCCUCAGGAAAGAAGGCUUCCUAUCAUCGGUCCAUGUUACUGAAGAGUUGGCUAUAGCAGAAGUUGGAUUUGGACACCCAGAUCACCUAUCAAGAGCACAGAAUAUGCAAAGCCUAAUAGAAUGCGCUUUACAACAUGUUCUCAGGUGCAAUGUGGAGAUCAGAUUCAAACUUGUAUCAUGUCCAGCGAGGAAAGAUGCUAGGUUGAAGAGACAAUCAUUCAGUUUUCUCAACUGCUCAGGCCGGAAGCAAGAGCUGUCAGAUUCAGUUGUGACUGAUGAAGAUGAAGCUGUGAGGCCUGGAGCAAGAGAGACACCCCUUAAAGGCUACACCUCCAGUCAGCAGGAAUCACCAUAUAUCAUGCAACGUGUUGAUUCAAAACCAACAGUCCAUGGUUGUGAGGAUGAUGCUCGGAGUACCUUGACAUCAAACAGAUCCAUGACAGAUGACCUGACUAGGACAUGCAGGUCGGAAACUAACUACUCAAAGGGUGUCAGUGAGCAGGGUCGUUUUGAUAGCAUCCAGGAGCCUGACCUACAACCGAAUUGCUUCUCACGAACGCUCAAGCUUCAAAAGAAGCUAUUGUCGUCUGGUGCAGCACACACAAUCUGUUUGAGGAUCCAGCCGCAUAACAAAAUGGAUUUCCUUCCUAAGAAAGAAUUCGAUACGUACUUCUGUGCAUAUGAGCCUUAUGAGCAGUGUUCAAGAUCAAAUUCACGGGCUACUUACAGUUCAAGAGAUGACGACCUGUGGAGCAAGAAUUCACGGUUUGGUUCGAAUCUACUCUGCUGGAGGGCCCCAAAACAAUCCAUGUAGCAGAGUAAAUGAUGAGCAAACUAGAUGGAACACAUCAAACCUUAACCAAUUUUGCCCGAAUCUGGAGACAUGGACACCUGAGGCGGCACUUUUGAAGGAAAAGUUCAGAGAUGGGGCCUGCGUGGAUCUUGUUCUUGAACAACUGAGAAACUACUGUUUAAUCGGAUGAUUUGAUGCUCGAGCUCCA